UUUAUAAUGGAUGGAAUCGCAUUUACUUUUGGGAUUUUAUUCAAAGAUUGUUGCAGUAUUUUAACAGGGGUAAAUGUUUGACCUCGAGGAUUAUAUCAGUGUACAAUGGAGCAACGCUUGGUAUUGGUCCUGUAGCAAGUAUUCUGAUUUCACAGUUCGGAAUGCGUAAAGUGGCAAUUUUUGGCGGAUUACUGGCAUCUGUAUCUCUGUUCCUGUCAACCUUCUCUCCUAAUGUACAAGUGAUGAUUGUUCUCUACGGUGCACUUGGAGGUAGUGGUCUUGGUUUACUUUAUUUUCCAGGAUUUGUGCUGAUUACUCAGUACUUUAAUUCUAAACGAGGUAUAGCUGCUGGUAUAGCAUUUUGUGGCAGUGGUGUCGUUGGUUUUGUAUUUGCACCUCUAAUGGACUUCUUAAUCACGACGUAUUCGUGGAAAGGAGCAGUGUGGAUAGUGUCAGCGAUUAUUCUGAAUUGUGUAGCAUUAGGAGCUCUGCUGAGACCUUUAGAUAACAAAAACAUCAGAAGGAAAAUGGACCAAGAAAAGAAACACAUCAGCCGAAACAAAAGAUGUAUGUCUUCUUGUAGUUGUGACGUCUCGUCAUUCUUUGAUUUGGAAGUGUUAAAGAGUCCAUCACUUUGGGUUUAUGGAAUGUCAUGCUUCAUAUGCAACAUAGGAUUUUACAUUCCAUUCACCUUUCUUCCGGAUCUGGCUGACAGUUUUGGUAUGACGUCACAACAGGGCGCCAUGUUGAUAUCAAUCAUUGGGAUUUUGAAUACAAUAGGACGGGUAGCUGCCGGCUGGGUUGCAGAUAGAAAAUGGGCAGAUACUACAACGAUUGAUGGUGUAGCGUUAAUAAUCGGUGGAGUUGCAACUCUGUUUGUGCCAAAAUACACCCUUUAUGCGAUAUCGGCUGUGUACUGUGGGGUGUUCGGGAUAAUCAUAGCUGUGUUUAUUACGUUUCAACCAAUUAUAUCACACGAUCUCUCGGGACCUGGUCAAACGGAUCCGUUUUAUAGCAUCGUGUGUAUGUUACAAGGAAUUGCUGCAAUAAUAGGACCUCCGGUAGCAGGUGUGUUGGCUGACAACGCAGGAAACUACGACGGUUCAUUUUAUCUGGCAGGAAUAUCGAUAGUAGUUUCAGGGAUAUUGUGUCUCCCAUUGAAUUAUAUAAAUCGUUGGGAAAUGAAACGGUUAAAACGUAAGGAAACAAAACAUGACGAAGCAUGUGAAAGCUGUCUAUAAAUCUUAAUAUGGAAGAAGCGUAGAUGUAGUAAAACAUAUUAACACAUACUCAUGUUUUUGAUAAUUAAAAUCUGUCAAUUUCAAACGCAAGAAAGACAAUUAAACACACACACACACACACACACACACACACACACACACACAUAUAUAUAUUGAUAAAUUAGUAGAGUAGUGUCAAAUCAACCAUAAAAGAUUUUACUUAGAUUUGUAAUUGUUUUAGGCGAAUAUGUAAAAUUGUACCACUGGAAGGAAAAGAAAUAUGAGUGAACCUAAUAUGUUUACAAAAGUCAUGCAAUUUUAUAGCAUUAAAGCAUGAAGUUAACAAUGUAUAUAGGUUAAUAGCAGUUAGUGUACAUAACCUAAUUUUUGGCAAAACGAGCUUUUAUAUUAAGGAAUAUAAUACAUAGUGUGAAGUUUAUAGUAGUUCAUAGAAGUUUCUACGAGAAACAUAAGCGUUAUAUUGGUCAAUCAUGGAUUUUAUCUUUACUAUAAUACAAUUCCACUAAAUAAGCCGGUACUAGGGGACGCGAGGCGUGUGGCAAGACUUGUUGCGAAUACUAGGUUGACAACUUUUUGUACAUUUUGUAAUCUAUUUAAUGGACUUGUGUCAAGAUUUGUGUAAAUAUUACACACUUUUCUAUAAGCAAAAAUACUCUGUAAUUGUUUCAUGCAAUUUAGUUCUACACCUGUAAGAUAUAUAUACAGUCAAACUUGCUUAAGAGACCACCGGUAUUUAUGCAAAAAUCUAUGUUAUAAGACCAUUAAUUUUAGAUCCCUCUAUAAUGCAUUUCAUAUAGAUUGAACCUGCAUUAAAAUACCACCUGUCUUACGAGACCACUUUUUGGCUUUCCCUUAAGCGGUCUCUUAAAACAGUUUGCACUAUAUAUUAUAAAAAUCUUUAGGGCCUUUAUUACAUAUACUUAUAUAAAUCACCAGUCAACACCUUCUACUGGUUGACCAUUGCGUCCAUGUUUACUAGACUGGAAAAGGAAAAAUAUAAAUGAAAUAUUAGAGGAAAAAUAAAGAUCUGUCUAUCUAUGCAUGUAAUAUGCACUUAUUGAAUGACUUACUGGACAAUAUUUUGGCCCUCUGUCCACACUUUUGACUAUUGACUUGCAAGCCUUUCAGUGGGUGUUAUGACUAAUAAGCUUAAAUACUUACCUAAUUUUUCAUUUGCAGUCAAAUAUAAUAUUCAUGUAUUGUUUCAAUACUAUACAGACAUUAAUGAGGUAAUCAUCUGUUGUGAAAAAAUGCUAUUAUGAAGUUAAUCUAGUGGCAAGUCAUUUUUACGAUGUAUGUUAAUUGUAGUUUGAUAUUUAUCCUUGUUUUUUUUAUUAUAUGUUGAAAUCUAUUCUUUCUGAACUGUGAAAUUGAUAUACAGUGAUUGUCUUCUUCAUUUAUGUGAAAUAUGUUAGGUGAGGUAAUUUUAUCAUGAUCUUAUUAGGUGAAAUAUUUUUAGACGAAACUGUUGUUACCUUUGCUGUGAUAUUGUUUGGCUAAAAUGAGCUGUGAUAUAAACUAUUUUGUUGAACUUCUACAGUGAUACAAAAUGCUAUUCUUGAUAAUCUUAAGACACAAAACUAUCAUUAUAAGAAACCUUUUGCUGUGAUAUGUUUGAAAUAACAUACUGCUAUUAUAUACAUAGUCACUUGAAUUUUUUUCAGUACUGUCCUUUUCAAUUAUGCAUGAUUUUUUACAGUCGUUAGUUUUUAUUAUAAUAUGUAUGGACCUGUUUAUACCCAACGUUAAUGUUUAUUGAAAAGUUUGAAAAUUGUAUGUGUCUAACCUACAAAUAAAAUAUAUCUGAAAUGAAAUUAAAAA